AUGAUUAUUCCAGUUCGUUGUUUCUCCUGCGGCAAGGUCGUCGGUGACCUCUGGGAACGUUACCUGCAGCUUUUGGACGAUGGUGUGGCUGACGGUGACGCUAUGGACCAGCUUGGCUGCAGACGCUACUGCUGUCGGCGAAUGAUCAUGACCCAUGUUGAUUUGAUUGAGAAGCUCCUUCGCUACAAUUCCGCCGAGAAAGACCGCUCCAAGGCUCAAGUAUAA